CCACAGAAUGACAGAAUCAGAUAAAAGGAAGAAAGGUUGUUGUCUCGUCUUUGCUCUACUCGAUCACUCACUCAAGCUAUCACUGUGUCAAUUCAGCUCAGUGGCAGAUAUGGAAUCAUCAGCUUUGUUAUACAAUCAGCUCAAGACAGCAGAGCCGUUUUUCUUAUUAGCGGGUCCGAAUGUGAUUGAAUCCGAGGAGCACAUUUUCCGGAUGGCCAAGCACAUAAAGACUAUUGCGACAAAAGUUGGAUUGCCACUGGUGUUCAAGUCAAGCUUUGACAAAGCUAACCGUACAUCCUCAAAAUCAUUCCGCGGCCCUGGCAUGGCUGAAGGGUUAAAGAUCCUUGAGAAGGUUAAAAUAGCUUAUGACCUCCCUAUAGUUACAGAUGUACACGAAUCUAUACAGUGCGAAGAAGUUGGCAAAGUUGCAGAUAUCAUUCAGAUUCCUGCAUUUUUAUGCCGUCAGACCGAUCUUCUAGUUGCAGCAGCCAAGACUGGAAAGAUUGUCAAUAUUAAGAAGGGUCAAUUCUGUGCACCUUCUGUCAUGGUAAAUUCUGCUGAGAAGAUUAGACUGGCAGGAAAUCCAAAUGUGAUGGUUUGUGAGAGGGGAACUAUGUUUGGUUAUAAUGAUUUAAUUGUUGAUCCGCGUAAUUUGGAGUGGAUCAGAGAAGCUAAUUGUCCUGUUGUUGCUGAUGUUACACAUGCAUUGCAACAGCCUGCUGGGAGAAAGUUGGAUGACGGAGGUGUUGCCAGUGGUGGUCUUCGUGAAUUGAUACCAUGUAUUGCAAGGACAGCAGUUGCUGUUGGGGUGGAUGGAAUUUUCAUGGAGGUACAUGAUGAUCCUUCUAAUGCGCCAGUUGAUGGUCCAACCCAAUGGCCGUUGCGCCAUUUGGAGGAACUACUGGUAGAGCUUAUUGCAAUUGCUAGGGUAAGCAAGGGGAAGCAACGCUUCAACAUUGAUCUCUCACCCUAUCGUGAUUAGAAGACUGAUGCUACUUCGAUGGUAAGAAGUCUGGUAAACGAUAUUAUGUAAUUGUUAGUUAUUCUUGGGUUGCCCAUUCUUGUCAAUAAAUGGUUUGUUAUAGCCAUGCUGCCCAAUCCUUUGAGGGAAGUUACAUUCUGCUAGCAACUCGAAGCAUGCAGACCGGGAUCAUAUAAAUGCAAGACCAAUUUGGGCUUUCCGCUCAUCUACUUAUCAUUGUAUUCUUGAAUUCGUCAGUAGAAUUAAUGGCUUCGGUCUAAAUUGUUUAUAUUGGUAUACUAUUUGUUUUUCAUUUCUCAUUGUAUACUCAGUGACCUUAUGAGAUCAAGACCUUGGGGUGCUGCCUCUGUAGAUUAUAGAAUUUGUUUUCUUCUGUAUUAA